AUGUUUGAUGUGCAAGGAAAUUAUGCUCUGGUGGCAGGUGGCUCCAAGGGUUUGGGAAGAGAAAUCUCACUGGCGUUGGUAAAGCGAGGAGCUCACGUGACAGUGAUUGCGCGCUCUCAAGAUGCAUUGGAUAGGAUCAAAGUGGACAUGGAAGCGGUGUCCAGAUUUGUCCAGACAUUUGGAAACAAGAUCACCGCUCUGUUCUGUACCGCAGGUGGCACGGACGAAGAGGUGGGCCACUUUGUGGACAUCCCUGCGACCUCAAUUCAGAGCUGCAUGGAGAAGAAUUAUCUUACAGCAGCGUUUGUUGCUCAGGCUGUCAUGGGGACAUGGACGACUGAGUUGAAGCGGGUAGGAGAGUGCGACGGUGCCCAGAAAUCUCGCCACAUUGUUUUCACUGCUUCCACAGCAGCCCUCGUCGCUGUCCCAGGAUACGCUGCAUACUCACCAUCAAAGGCAGCGAUCCGAGCAUUGGCCGAUUCCUUGAGGCAGGAAAGUCUCAUGUACCCCCCUGCUGGGGCGAUACAAGUUCACUGUAGCUUCCCUGGGACAUUUUACACGGACAGCUUCUAUAGAGAACAGGCGCGGAAGCCGCAAUUAUGCAAAGAAAUUGAAGGAACUGUUAAUGAUGGUGGUGGGUUGACAGCCAAAGAUGUUGCUCAGCGUGUUCUUGUUGGACUUGAUUCGGGGUGUUACUUCAUACCCACGGAUCUGCAAACCCGGUUGCUCCUGAAUAACAUGCGAGGUCCCAGCCCACGGGACUACCCAUUACUUGACUGGUGCAUGGGCUGGGCUGCCUCGUUGGUCUGGCCAAUUAUAGGAACUUAUCUAGACUGGAAGGUAGCAAGGUCUGGCGGCGGAACUGUAUAA